AUGCGGCUCCUCGCCCUGUCCUCAGCGCUGCUGCUGCUGCUGAUGGCCUCCAGCGGCGCCUCUCAAGACUCCGCCACAGAAACACCCACGGAACCACCCACAGAAUCUCCCACAGAACCACCCACAGCACCACCCACAGAAUCUCCCACAGAACCACCCACAGAACCACCCACAGAAUCUCCCACAGAACCACCCACAGAACCACCCUCAGAAUCUCCCACAGAACCACCCACAGAACCUCCAACAGAACCUCCAACAGAACCACCAACAGAACCACCCACAGAAUCUCCCACAGAACCACCCACAGAACCUCCAACAGAACCUCCCACAGACCCUCCCACAGAACCACCCACAGAACCUCCAACAGAACCUCCCACAGAACCCCCCACAGAACCCCCCACAGAACCUCCCACAGAACCUUCCACAGAACCACCCACAGAACCUCCCACAGAACCACCCACAGAACCACCCACAGAACCUCCCACACAACCACCCACAGAACCUCCCACAGAACCACCCACAGAACCACCCACAGAGACCCCUACAGAACCACCCACAGAACCUCCCACAGAACCUCCCACAGAACCUCCCACAGAACCAUCCACAGAACCUCCCACAGAACCACCCACAGAACCUCCCACAGAACCUCCCACAGAACCACCCACAGAACCACCCACAGAACCUCCCACAGAACCUCCCACAGAACCACCCACAGAGCCACCCACAGAACCUCCCACAGAACCACCCACAGAACCACCCACAGAACCACCCACAGAACCACCCACAGAGCCCCCCACAGAACCACCCACAGAACCUCCCACAGAACCACCCACAGAACCACCCACAGAACCACCCACAGAACCUCCAACGGAACCACCCACAGAACCACCCACAGAACCCCCCACAGAGCCACCCACAGAACCUCCCACAGAACCACCCACAGAACCACCCACAGAACCUCCAACAGAACCACCAACAGAACCACCCACAGAGCCCCCAACAGAACCACCAACAGAACCACCCACAGAGCCCCCCACAGAACCACCCACUGAACCUCCCACAGAACCACCUACAGAACCACCCACAGAACCACCCACAGAACCUCCCACAGAACCACCUACAGAACCACCUACAGAACCUCCCACAGAACCUCCCACAGAACCACCCACAGAACCACCCACAGAACCACCUACAGAACCGCCCACAGAACCACCUACAGAACCACCCACAGAACCACCCACAGAACCACCCACCACGACCACCACCACCACAACGGUUGCACCUCUAGACCUGUUCAAGCUGACGAAGGAUCAGCUGCAGCUCAUCAGCGAUAUCCUGGACAAGUUUAAGGUGCUGGUAGAAGGCUUUUCUGACGCGCCCCCCGCCGUGCUUCGCGUGCGGGGCAGCCGUGUCCACCCUGCGGCGUGGUGGCGCGCGGAGGCGGCGCGUCCUCGGGAGGACUCCACCUUCUGUGUGGAAACCGCUUCCGAGGACGGUCUCUGCCAUAAGCUGGAGAAGGACCUUGAGGAGACGAACGCCUUGGUGGCCAAGCUGGAGAACGACGUGGACUCCUGGACGGGGUCUGAUCUGACGGAUCUGACGAACCAUCGGGAAAGCCUUAACGUGGCCUACGAGGCGGCCGCGGAGGAACCUGAGACCUUCAAGGAGGAGAUCAAGGAGGAGGAGUUCACAGCAGCCAUCGACGAUGUGAAAGAGAACGUCGAAGAAGGGUCUAACAAUGUGCAGGAGAAGAUCGAUCAGUUGGACUCCUCCGACGACAAUGAUAAUUCCGUGGUGCUGGCGGCCGUCCUGGGCACCCUCGGCGGCCUCUUGUUUGUGGCUCUUGUCGGGUUCUUCGCAUACAAGUACAUCAAUAAGUCGAAGGCCAAGAAACAGACGCUCGAUACCUCCUACGAAACGCCCAAGGAGCAGAACAUCGCUACUGACAGUGUGUCCAGAAAAAGCUCAGCAUCCAGCCAGGACCCGUGAAUAAACCCUCAGAGCCGAUCCCGCGCUGUGAAGUAAGCCUGAUCACACUGCCGCCUAUGAUCCUAGAAGCUAAUCCAACGAGAGGAGUGACUCGAGAUACCAAGACAAUAAUCUCCCUCAUAGACGAUCCCGCGCUGAGAAGUAAGCCUGAUCACAUCGCCGCCUAUGAUCCUAAAAGUAGAUCCAACGAGAGGAGUGACUCGAGAUACCAAGACAAUAAUCUCCCUCAUUGCCGAUCCCGCGCUGAGAAGUAAGCCUGAUCACAUCGCCGCCUAUGAUCCUAGAAGUUAAUCCAACGAAGCAAGGAGUGACUCGAGACACCAAGACUCACUCCACUCCGACAAAACGAGGGACAAUAUUCUCAAACGCUUCACCUUGCACACUCAAAUUUGACAGGACAUUCGUGGGUGUUUUGGGCGUUUCCAGAGGUACUUUCAUGACCCUGGUGGUAGUUUGACCCUUCUUCUGUACCUUCAACGUGGAAAAACACUCAUGAUAACCCGAUUAAUCUCCUUUUCGACCUCUGGAAAUAGUUGACGUGAACGGUGGAGGCGAUUGAGAAUACCGACUGAGGAUAUCCCAGCGAACUUCACCAAAGGCUUUCUAAAACGACGUAGCUAUGCGGGUUGUGCUUACCUUACCUUCAGCAGUGCCAGCGGUGCCGUCCAACAUAUGCUACAGUGCCAUCAUGACCUCAGUGUCGCCGCUCUUGUCCCGGGAGUCACACAUGAGGUCAAAGUCAUCCUGGAACAUCGAACAUGGGAGUUGAUUUACGAUUUAUACAUUUAUACAUUUAUAUAUUUAUUGUUACUUUAUACACUGAUCACAAUGUACAUAGUUGCUCUUCGCCUCUUCUUCAAUCGACUACAUAGAUAAUAAAGAGUGAACCUUAAAUGGAUGUUGAAUAA